AUGGAUCAACUACCCCAAUUCGGUCGCUCCAUCUUCCCAGGCUUGUUGCCGACAAUGAAGGCUUAUGCCGAACUCCACGAGAAGAACAGAAGCAACAUCGAGUCAACACCGCGAGAGGAGUUUACGUAUGGCCCAGACGCACGCCAGAAGCUCGACCUCUACAGCCCAAAGCAAAUCUCGGAUGACACGCCAAUUAUCGUUUUUGUAUACGGAGGUGGCCUUGUAAGCGGAGACAAGCGAUUGCCCAGUCCGCCAACAGCUCCCGGUUUAGCAUAUGCAAACAUCGGACACUACUACUCGUCCAGAGGAUUCGUCACAGUGAUUCCUGAUUACAGACGCACAGGCGACGGCGGAGCCUUUCCCUCGGGAGGUCAAGAUAUAGCAGGUGCCCUCGCCUGGCUCAAGACCCGCUUCGACUCUGGCAACCACAAGCUUUGGAUCAUGGGCAACUCUGCCGGCGCGGUACACUCCACAACCUGGCUCCUUGAACCAUCGCUCGCCGUAUCGAGAAAGAGCGUCCAGACAGGCUCGGUAGUGAUCCAGGGAGUCAUACUUGUUUCCAUACCCGCACACUUCCAAANNAAAGCAGGCGCCGAUCGCAUGGGUGUGCUUACCGCAUACUACAAGGACAGAGUGGAAGAGGACUGUGCUCUGGGUCUUGUAUCGAGAGCUGAAACUCCCAUCACAAAGUUGUUGGUGGUGACUGCCACCCUAGACCCCGAAGACGAGAUUCUCGAAUGCAGUCAAGAGUUUGUCAACAAGUACAAGGAGAGAUUUGGACAAGACAGUCUGAGUGAAGUGCUGCUCGAGGGCCACAACCACUUUAGCACCACUCUUGCAUUGGGCACCGGGAUUGAGCGGGAAGAGUCUUUGGGCAAAGAAGUGUUCAAGUGGAUGGGUCAAGCUUAA